CAGACAAUGCCUUACACUGGAGUGGAAGGAGCAUCUUUUACAGCAAUCUGCUUGCAGAAAAAUCUGCCGCUCCGUGGGAACGAAAAGGACAAGCAAUACAUAUAUUUUUCCAAAGCAAGGCUACAUCCAGUUGCACUGUUCGUGGAUUAUUUAUACAAAUACUUACUGUAAAGGAAACUUUCUGGAUUUCUACCCCACGAUUUGGACCGGUGUUGAAAAAGAGCUAGCUAAUUGAACAGCAAACGAGGUCAUUUGGAUGGACCCUUUGCUUUUGAGCUACAAUACAAAUACUCCACGGGUUCUAUUUCCAAUUUAUGAAAUUCGUCAGCGUCCAGACGAUUAUCUAUAAUAAAAUAACAAUGCUGCAACAGUUGCAACUUUUGAUUGGUAUUGUUUUGGACGACAAGUGACUAUUUCCAAAUGACUGUUUCUUUAGAGUUGUUUCUGUUGGGAACCGGAGUUAGAUUUAACUGAAACAAUAAACCCUGUACUUCCUCCACGAAUGGAUGGCUCGUAGUUCCUGUCCUAACGGUCUACAAGUCGCCUGACUGAAAUGAAGCGAAGCAAUGAGCGUCUACUGCCAUGGAAGUUCGCUCUUUUUCGUGGUGGCAUUCCCUCUCUCCCGUGAACAAGAAUACAUCCUUCAAUUACAUGGGGAAUACAAAUGCGCAUGGCAUCACGACUGGAGAGCCGAAAAACCUGGUUUGCAUCGAACAUUUUACCCCUCGUAGUGGCCAAGUAACAAUGGAACACUGAUCAGCUGUAUACAGGCGGUCCACAGCAGCGUGAUGAUUGCCACUGGGGGAGUUAUCACGGGCCUCGCAGCCCUCAAGAGGCAGGACUCCGCCAGGUCCCAGCACCACCUGCCCCUGCCAAGCCCCGCCCGCGCGCAGGAAAAGAAGCGCGUCAAACGCAAGCCCCGCGCUGACGUGGUGGUGGUCAGGGGGAAGAUACGUCUCUACUCGCCCUCGGGUUUCUUCCUCAUCCUGGGCGUGCUGAUUCUGAUGGUGGGCAUCGCCAUGGCCGUGCUGGGCUACUGGCCGCACAAGGAGCCCCUCCUGGCCGCCGACCCCAAGCUGUCCACCAACGACACGCAGGUGACCCGCGACCUGAGCGGGACGGUGGCGCAGUUCUUCGAGCAGCACCUGCACUCGGAGAAGAUGAAGAUGCUGGGCCCGUUCACCAUGGGCAUCGGGAUCUUCAUCUUCAUCUGCGCCAAUGCCAUCCUGCACGAGAACAGGGACCGGGAGACCAAGGUGAUCCACAUGCGGGACAUGUACUCCACCGUCAUUGACAUCCACAGCCUCAGAGUGAAGGAGCACAAGUACAUGAACGGCGCAUACGGCGGGGGCCCGUACGGCGAGCACGAGGUGAGGACCUACGAGAACCAGUGCGCCUCGAGGCUGGCCGCCAACACCCUGCUGACCUUCUCCGGGAUGAGGGGUGAUGCGUGGGUGAGCCGCCGGGCCAGCUCCACGGAGGACGAGGAGGGCCUGCUGGGCGAGGCCAAGGGAGGCUCGGGCCUCCUGCUCCCCAACUACAGGGAGCGGUCGGGCUCCAUCUUCGGCCUGCAGCCCGAGGGCGGCAAGCACAGGGACGACAGGAGCAACCCCCUGAAGAAGUGCCAGACCAAGUCAAUCGUAUCGUCCUCCAUUAGCGCGUUUACCCUCCCUGUGAUAAAGCUCAACAACUGCGUGAUCGACGAGCCCGACAUCGACAACAUCACGGAGGAUUCUGAGCUCAGGCGGGACCGGUCCAGGCCCCCUUCCAUGGAGUCCCUGGCUGUCCCGUUCCCGGAUAUAUCCAAAGCGUCCAAACCUCCCAACAUGAUGCUCUUGAGGAGCAAUUCGGACACCGAGUCCCCCUCUUUGUCCUCAAGGACCUCCCUGUCUCCUGGCUCGUGCAGCGGGCGGUACCUCUCCCCCGGUGCCGCCCGGAAGGACUUUGGGUCGAAUAACUCCUUGCACAUCCUCUCUGCGCACUCCAAGUCCCUGGACCUGGAGAGGGGGCCGUCCACGCUGACGGUACAGCCGGAGCAGAGGAAGCACCCGAGCUGGCCGAGGCUGGACCGCAGCAACAGCAAGGGCUACAUGAAGCUGGAGAACAAGGAGGACCCUAUGGAUCUGCUGCCCGUUCCCCAGGCAGCCGGAAAGCGGGACUACACAAAGAAAGAGAAACUGCUCAUGAUCUCCAGGUCUCACAACAACCUGAGCUUUGAACAUGACGAGUUCAUGAGCAACAGCUUGAAAAGAGGAACCUCGGAAACCAGGUUCUAAAUUAAACCAAACACAUUUCCAGAACUGCUAUUUAGACAGAAUCGGUGUUCACACUAAAAGGAAAAAAAGAUGUGGUCAGUAAUUCUGCAAUACGAAUCACGAUUUCCAUGACACCAUGAAUUCACAGUUAAUUUGAAACAUAGCAGUAACGUUUAAAGGUGUAAAUUUAAAAGUUGUUGAUCCUAAAGUGAGAGUAAUCAGGUUAAAUGUGUAGGAGACAAUUACAUCAUGUAAACCUAUUUAAAAAUGAUGGCUGAAAACUAGAAUAUUUAUGUGUAAGUGAAGGUGAACAUGGCGAUAUCAAUACCAAAAUACAUCCUAAUAACCUUGUGGUUUGUUUUACCGUAUGUUUCAAUCAUCUGUGCAGUGUUGAGUUGGGACAUUUUGUUUGUUUUCCCUGAAGAAGCAGUCCAUAUUGUAUCAGAGUUGGCUAGAUAUUUUGCUAUGGAGCUUUUAGUAUUUUAUUGUUCUUAACACACACUGCUAUUUUUUGAA